UCUAAAAGUAGAAGAAGAAGAACCACUUCACUGGUUUGGGGCAGUUGAUGAGCGCGAGGCAGACGGAGUUGUGCGGGAAAAAGAAGUCGCGUAUUUUUGCGUUUUGUCCUCCACAGGCGAAGCAAAUCCAUUUAAAAUCUACACCCUCACGCGCGUGUGGGUGGCGCGUGGACCUUCUACAAACAGGUUAGGCUCCAUCGUAGCCGAGAUAUAAACUGUUUUUGAGGAAUCCAGCUAGGCCUCAAAAGCUUUACCCGCCAUGAGUUACGGUAGGCCUCCGCCAGACGUCGACGGCAUGACUUCCCUGAAAGUGGACAACUUGACGUACCGAACGUCGCCCGAGACCCUCCGACGCGUGUUCGAGAAGUACGGCCGCGUGGGGGACGUCUACAUCCCGCGCGACCGCUACACCAAAGAGAGCCGAGGGUUCGCCUUCGUGCGGUUCCACGACAAGCGUGACGCCGAGGACGCGAUGGACGCCAUGGACGGCGCGCUGCUCGACGGACGGGAGCUCCGAGUCCAGAUGGCCCGCUACGGAAGACCCCCAGAUUCUCACUACGGUGGCAGCGGAGGAGGUGGUGGUGGAGGUGGAGGAGGUGGUGGUGGAGGUGGUGGAGGAGGACGAGGCGACCGACGAGGAGGGCCUACCAGGAGGUACGGUGGUGGUGGCGGUGGCGGCGGCGGUGGCGGCCAUGGACGCAGAAGCAGAAGCUCUUCCCCCAGCCCGAGAAACAGAAGACGCAGCCGGUCCCGCUCCAGGAGCCGCUCUCGCUCCAGAAGCCGGUCCCGCUACAGCAGAUCCAGGUCCAGGUCCUACUCCAGGUCCAAGUCUCACUCUCCCAGGAACAAGAAGGCCAAGGCCAAGUCCCCCUCUCGUUCCAGGUCCCGGUCCAAAUCCAAGUCCAAGUCCAAAUCCAAAUCCAAGUCGAGGUCCAGAAGCCACACCCCUUCCUCCAAAAGAGGGUCCAGGUCGAGAUCUAAAAGCCAGCCCAAGUCAGCAGCAGAGAACGGAGGGGAAACCCCGUAGAGCUCCAGAAUCAGCUGCGGCAUCCUGUUUGCUAAAGUGGAGUUUGAGCUGAGCUGAGGCAGUAUGAGCAGUUAGAAGGGAUGUGGUGCUGGUGAGCUGCCCACAGGCCGCCUGCUGCUGUGCAGCAGGGUGGAGGCAGGCAGAGUUGGGGUUUGGUGUUGAGGUACGUCUGUCUGUGUCCGUCCACCGGGACAUCAAACUGUCCUCCAGGUCUCGAGGGGCGCUGAGGUUUGUCUCUCCUCCCAAUGUCCGUCGGCUCGUUGCAUUUUCCUUUGCACGCAUUUUCAAUGUGACGGAUUCCCAUUAAGACUCAAAAUACAUAAAUGUAUGUUCAGGUGGAGUAAGAAGGUAGGACUCUGCAACAUUCAGCUCAUGUCAAAUCUAAAUGGAAGCUGUUUGCUUUGCUUUUCCUCCAGAAUUCAUCUUUUAAUCCUCUAACUGCUUCCUGUCGGUCGCUGAUUAUUAAAGCUGCACAACUCACUUUGAUCUUUUGUCUUUAUUGAAUCUUUUCAUGACAGUUGGACUCAAGCUAAUAACGAUUAUUGUCGAUUAGUCACAUUUAGUUUUGUCCCGGUUGAAUCGUGAGGUCAGAAAUCGACCGUCACGGGUUCCCGGAUGAUAUUUUAAGCUCCUUGUUUCAUCCGAUGGUCCAAAACUCAAAGAUGUUCAGUUUCUAAUGUGCAAAAGAAAAAGACGACUAAUGACCAUAAAGAUUAAUGAUGCACAUAAUCAACAAUCCAUCUACAGUUAAAAAGAACUGCAUCCAGAGCACGAAGAUGAACCCAAACGUCACCAGAUAGUCAACGAGUCUCAUUCCUCUCAUCUGCUGCCCUCUACCGGCUGACUGUCUAAUAAUAAUACACUAACAGUACUUAAAACAAGCAAAAAGCAGGAGCUGUACACGUGUUGAAAAUAACUGUGGAGGAAAAUGCAGCGUGCCCAAAACAGUCCUGUGAUGACGGCGGAAGGAUGAAAUUGUAGUUGAAGUUGAGGGAGAUGUUUGUGGAUGUUUGAGGCUUUGAUAAAGUAGAUAAUCAUUAUUCCGGUGGAACCAACCGAUCCAUUAAAGUGUGAGUGAACAGAAACACAUGGCUGCUCUGUGUGUUCUCCAUCCUAACUUUGUCUGUUGUGACAGUUUUCAGGUGAAGACCGAGAGCUCCGAGUCCUCGACUGGAUCAACCUGAGCCACAGUGUCCUGCUGUCAAAGGUUAUUAUUGUGUCUUCCAUGCUUUACUUUGUUUUAUUCAUUUGGCCGCAAAAAAAAAAGUCUUUGUCCACCUCAUUGAUGUGCUGUGAUUUUACUUUCAUAAUGAUUUUAAAAUCUGGGUCAUGAUGCCGGAUCAUACACGAGUUAUUACGUUUGUACCAGUUUCUCUCUUUGCUCUCGGCAGCCUGAAGCUCUGUUCUUUAGACCUCACAUGGAUCCUGAUUAACUCAGUGACCCAACGAGAGGUUCAGUGAUUACACUUCAUCACUAGAACACAGCGGAGGAUUCCUUUACGUUUCUGUGGUGGCUAAAAGCAGUUUUAGUUCAAAGUUAGUAUAAUUAUUACACAAAGCAAACGGAUUGUACUGAUGUGUAAACAUUCUAGAACUACAGCUGAUUAUUUUACUCAUCUGUCGACCUUUUGUUUGGUCUAUAAAGUUUUUUUCCUCAAACGAUCAAACUAUUCUCCAAAUCUGUUUAGAUUUAUUUCCAUCGCUAAUUGAUGAAGUAGUUCGUCUUUAACCGUUACUUUCUGCUAAUGAGUGGCUUUGGUCCACGUGGAGGUUCUGUGGACGCGUAGGUUUAUCUUCUAUGUCAGACUGAUCUACCAGAGACGGUCUGCGUCAUCACACCACAAAGCCUGAGUUAAGUCUCACUGAAGUCCUCAGUGAUUCUACCGGCUCCUCCUUUAACCUCCCACCACAUCAUUUACUCUCAGACAGCGUUUCCUUUGUUUCUUUGUUCUUUUCUUUUGAUCGUUUGACCCUAAUCCUGCUUGUGUGUUUGUUUUGUGCACUAGGCGCAGUGUUGUAGCCGUUGAGUAUUGCUGGUUAGCUGUUAAGGUGGCGUGUUGCUCUGCUGAUGUAUCCAGUGUUCUCCAGAAUGCUCCUGUGACUACCAGUGGUGCGGUCCUACCGUCUCUCCUGUGUAACUAAUGUUCCUCAUGUGCUCAUGGAUGACAAAUGUGACUUUCAUUAAAGAUUUGGUGUUUUGUCUAAA